AUGGCUCGCAUGGAUUUCAAUAAUAUUGUUGGCGAUCCCUUCGCCCUGAUAGCAUGGCUAUUAUCCUUCGCCACGUGUGUGAUCUCAGAUAUCCAAGGCGCUUUCCCUAACUUCGCAUGGUGGGCCGUUGGGUAUAUGCUCUGUGCUAUCAUCGGUAUUUCCUUGGUCCUGGCAUCUCAAACAAGCCAUGUUUACGGUGUCGCGAUCGUCGGUUAUCUCGCUGCGGGCUUGACUUUUACAACGCUUGCCGUCAAUUCGCUGAUCUAUGACGAUCAGGCCUCCAAGCAGGCUGGUGCUGCAGGAUUCAUUCUCCAAUCCAUGGUUACUAUCGUCUGGAUAUUCUACUUCGGAUCCUCCAGCCAGACCUCAUCCCGUCCUUACCUUGACUCGAUGGGUGCCGGCAAGGAACACCCCUCCUAUCGCAACAGCAAGCCUCUGUCCACCAACUACGGUGCGCGGCCAGAGACGGUUGUCUCUGGUAACCAACCCCCCCAGAUGUAUACCUCCGCCCAACUCAACGGCUUCGAAACCUCCUCCCCUGUGUCCGGCUACCCCCCGACCGCUGCCAACGGCGCGGAAAAUGGCACCCAAAACCGCUUUGUCGGACCCGCCAUUGGCUCGCAGAGUAAUCUUGGCGGUGGAAGUACUCUUGGUGCCGACCACCCAUCGACUCCUAACGAAGUUAGCCAGCCAACCGUGUACCCGUACCGCGCCAAGGCCAUAUACUCGUACGAAGCGAACCCGGACGACGCGAAUGAGAUUAGUUUCUCAAAGCAUGAGAUUCUUGAUGUGUCGGAUGUGAGCGGGCGGUGGUGGCAGGCAAAGAAAGCGAGCGGGGAGACGGGGAUUGCGCCGUCGAAUUACCUUAUUCUGAUAUAG